AUGAUCACAAACCAGGCCCUACCACCCAACCAACGAUUGUGGGAAAAUGAAGAAAUAAGAAAAUUUUAUGAAAUUUUACCAGAUAUCUCUAAAACUGUGGAAGAAUCACUGGCCAUUAAGAUAGAAAAAGACUCAAAUUCAAACUCCAAGAAUAUUAACUUAUUUUUCACAGACUUGGAAAUGGCUGACUCUAAAGAUAUAAUAGACGAACUUUCAAAUAGAUACUGGUCAUCGCAUUUGGACAAUAAAGCCACAAGAAACCGAAUAUUGAAAUUCUUCAUGGAGACACAAGACUGGAGCAAGCUGUCGGUAUAUUCUAGGUUUAUGGCAACAAACAGUAAAUAUAUGCCUGAAAUUGUUGCAGAAUUUAUUAAUUACCUGGACAAUGGUUUCAGAAACCAAUUGCACUCAAAUAAGAUUAAUGUAAAAAACAUCAUCUUCUUCAGUGAAAUGAUCAAGUUCCUAUUGAUACCGUCGUUUAUGAUUUUCCAUAAGAUAAGAACAUUAAUCAUGAAUAUGCAAGUUCCAAACAAUGUAGAAAUUUUGACCAUUUUAUUGGAACAUUCAGGAAAAUUUCUGCUGAAUAAACCAGAAUACAAGGAAUUAAUGGAGAAAAUGGUUCAAUUAAUUAAAGACAAAAAAAAUGACAGGCAAUUGAACAUGAACAUGAAGGGUGCCUUGGAAAACAUAAUAACCCUACUUUAUCCACCUUCUGUAAAGUCUUUAAAUGUGAUGGUAAGAACAUUAACCCCAGAACAACAAUUUUAUCGCAUUUUAAUCAGGAGUGAACUUAAUAACCUGGAUUUCAAACACAUUGUUAAGCUAGUUCGUAAAGCCCAUUGGACAGAUCCGGCCAUCAAGAAAACACUAUUCUCUCUGUUUUCGAAGCCACAUAAGGUGAGCUAUCAAAACAUCCCCGUUUUGACCAAAGUUUUAGGUGGUUUAUACAGUUACCAUCGUGACUUUGUCAUCAGAUGUAUAGACCAAAUAUUGGAGAAUAUUGAGCGGGGUUUAGAGGUCAACGAUUAUGGACAAAAUAUGCAUAGAGUUUCAAAUGUAAGAUAUUUGACCGAAAUUUUCAAUUAUGAAAUGAUAAAGUCCGACGUUUUGUUGGAUACAAUUUACCACAUUAUCAGGUUUGGUCACAUAAAUAAUCAACCCAACCCUUUCUAUUUGAAUGAUUCAGAUCUACCUGAUAACUAUUUCAGAAUUCAGUUGGUUACUACGAUUCUACUAAAUAUCAAUAGGACACCAGCAGCAUUUACAAAAAAAUGUAGAGUUUUGUUAAGGUUCUUGGAAUACUAUAUUUUCACCAAGGAACAGCCUCUGCCCAAGGAGACACAGUUCAGGGUAUCAAAUACUUUUAAAAAAUAUGAAAGUAUUUUCGACAAUUCCAAGUUUGAAAGAUCGGAGAACCUGGUGGAAAGUGCUUCGAGACUGGAAAGUUUACUAAAAUCAUUAAACUCUACGAAGAGCAAAAAUACUGAGUCCGAAGGAUCCGCCGCAAGUAAAGAAGCCAUAACCUCCGUCGAGGUAAUUGCUGAAGAUGACGAGGAGGAGGAUGAUGAUGAAAAUGAUGAUGGUGUUGAUUUAAUCGGAGAAGAUGAAGACGUGGAAACAAGUGCACCAGAUAUUGAGUCUACGUUAGGGAAACCCGAAGAAAAACGAGAAGAAAGUGAGGAUGACGAAGAAGACGACGACGACGAUGACGACGACGACGAUGACGACGAUGACGAUGAUGACGAUGACGAUGAUGAUGAAGACAGCGAUUCAGACAUGGAAUAUGGUGGUGACCUUGAUGCGGAUAGAGAUAUUGAGAUGAAAAGAAUGUAUGAAGAGUACGAGAAGAAAUUGAAGGAUGAAGAAGAAAGAAAAGCGGAAGAAGAAUUAGAAAGGCAAUUUCAGCAAAUGAUGCAAGAAUCUAUGGACGCGAGAAAGAGUGAAAAGAUUGUUGUCAACAAAAUACCAGUAAUAUCGAAACCCAUUAAUGUUCAAAAACMCUUAUUAUUGAAAAAGAAUGAGGAGCUUUCUUCAAAGGUGGAAGCUGACCAAAAAUUAUCUAAGCCAAAGAAAAUUGCAUUUACAUUUUUAACUAAAAGUGGUAAGAAAACACAAUCAAGAGUUUUACAGUUACCAACAGAUGUGAAGUUCGUUUCUGAUGUUCUUGAAGAAGAAKAAAAGUUAAAGACUGAAAGAGACAAAAUUAAAAGAAUUGUCUUGAAACGCUCUUUUGAUUGA